GUCGUGUGCUGGUCGGUGCGGUGAUUAUCAGACAUGCGUUUUAUGUAAAGUAUUUGGUGUAACUCCAGACAAUGCAACGUUGUGUGCUAAUUGUCCGAGAAUCGAGAAACUCGGCACACUUGCAGAGUUACAAGCAUGUAAGUAGCGAGAAAAAAUAUAUACUACAGUAGCUUUAGCAAUACUAAUACAUUACAGACCCCAAAUGAGCCAUAGUUUCGAGUUAGGUGACUUAGGUCCAGUUAUUGUAAACAUGUUAGUUAAGAACAAGGCUCCGUGCAAUAUCCAUUCACUGUCUCAAUGUUAAUUUAUCUUUAAAACUUUAGUAAAACUUCCUACAACAUGUCAAGAAACUGAUGACGAAGGAUGUACUUACUAUUAUUCAUAUAUAAACAAAGAAAAUAUGACUGUUGUUCAUGUGGUAGAAAACAAAGGUUCGUGUAUGUUUUUGGUACACUAUUUAUAUAGGUAACUAAACGCACAUUUAAGUAAACGAACGUUAGAUGUGUCAUGCACGCUGCCUUGUUACAAGGGAGUCUCAGUGGUCAUGUUAAGUGGAGUGUUCUUCAGCUUCUCUCUCUCUUUAUUUAAUCUAAUUUCUGUCAUUAGUGUUUGCCUGUAGAUAGCUGACUAGGCUUGAUCUGUAAUACAGAUUCUGUAUAUAGGCGUUUGACUCACUAGAUGCUCGUGUGCGUGCGUGCGUGCGUGCGUGCGUGCGUGCGUGCGUGCGUGCGUGUGUGUGUGUGUGUGUGUGGGGGGGGGGGGGGGGGGGGGGUAAACACCCUCCAUGCAAUCAUUCGGCAAAUUAUUGAAUCCCAGUCGGGGAAUUGUUUUCGUAGUCGGCAAAACUUGAAUUGGAUAGGAUUUGAAAUAUAUGAGUUACACUUAUUCUAAACACUUCUGGGCCUGACAUAGUGGUGUAUGCAUGGGUAGGUGCAGUAAACCUAUCUUAUAAUGAUGCCAAAUGCGGAAAACACUUAGCGACAAUUCACCGAUGCAAAUGAUGUUUUUAUAAAAUCAAUGACUUGUAUUGCCCUGUGAGACAUCGCAUAAAUUGGUUUUCCGCGUUUGACGUCAUUAUGAGAAAGGUCUACUGCUUACCCUGAUCAAACAAGAAACCGUACUCAUUUAUCAGCUGUGUCCUGAAGAAAGCACGAGAGAGGGUAGACGUUUUUUAUCCAUUGUACCCAUACGGCAGAAACCGUAAUCAUUUAUCAGUCCGGAAGAAAGCUGACGAGAAAGGGUAACUUUACAAUCGCGAGAUUGCUGCAAUCUGAGGCGGUCACUUUUUGAAAACUGCUUUAUUUGCUCACUACUCAUUGGUUUAUUUAGUCCGAUAAACGACCAUAUAUUUUGCAGAUUUUUGCACUGUGAUUGGCUGAUUGCAGGUUUUUGCCCCGAUGAUUACAAUUUUUUGCACUGUUGUGUGGAGUUCAUAUGAAAUCAACCGGUGACAGUCGAGUAGUGUUUUUUUGUUAUAUUCUUAGUAUGGCUAUAAUUAUGGUAUGGUUAUAAUUAGUACCACAUUUCAUAUUAUUCCAGAUUGCCCUGAAGGGCCUGAUGUGUUGUUGAUCGUUCUUGCUGUAAUUGGUGGUAUUGUUGGUAUUGGGAUCAUACUUUUGAUUCUCUGGAAAAUUCUGACUGCAAUGGCGGUACGUAAAAUUAAUUAAUUAAAAAGAAAAUUAAAAUUAUUCUUGGGGCUUGGGGGUGAUAUUGAAAUAUAUCAGGAUACAAACCUCUAUCCACCCCCUGCCAUGAAUCUCAGUUUAAUCUUUUGUAAUUUGUACUUUACUAUAUUUCUUGUUUUGAACUUAUUUAUUACUAUAUUUAAUAAGCUAAACUAACUGCAAUAAAUCAGAUGACCAAAAGUAUAUAAGGCGUAUUAUUAGCAUUGCCACUAUUGGUACUUUAAAAAACCACUAUGGCUAAUUGGUAUAUUUGUAACUUUCGUUUUUGUGAUAAACGAUUUUAAUGUGAAAUGCUGCUUGAACAAUGUGCGAGUUGCUUUUUCGUUGUUUAUCUGUUGUAUUUAUUGUUCUUGCAUGAUUUUUGUAUUGUAUGUAAGUCAAGUAAUUUGUCCUAUAUAUGUGGGAUGUCAAUCAUAAAUCUCAUGAGAGUAAUAUGUUAAGCAAAUAAAAGCUUCAUAAGAUAUUCCUCAACUGAAUAAUUAAAGAAACGAACCUUUUUGUGACUAACAGGAUCGACGUGAAUAUCAGAAGUUUGAGCAGGAUAGAGCCCGUUCGAAAUGGCACAAGGUAUGUAGAAUGAUGUGUUACGUACAAGCAUAUUUUGAAAGUAAUUUUUUACAUAUGCAGUACCAUGGCUCUGUCUCAGAAAUUUCGUUGCAAAAAUUGUCACCUAAAUAUGUUUUAGGAACAAGAUUUAGGAAUUUGACCUUAUAUAUAGCUCAGUGGCUAGAGCAAACCGCUGUAAUUGCGGGACGUAAGUUUGCUAUGUGAUGGAAAACGAAGCAUGACUACCCAUGGUUUCUCUUAACCUUAGAAAGUACAAAAAUAAGUGUAGCGGACUGGUAUGAUAUUGACAUGUACAUACGUAUGUAUAUGUGGAUUCACGGUCGUGGAUAGUACCAAGCACUAUCGUGUAGGAGGUUGUGGUCCACCUGAAGUUAUUAGAGUGAGAAACUAAUAUGAUAAUUACUUUCAUUACAAGUAUAUAGGGAGUCUUCUUGUAGUAUAGCUCAGAGAGGAAUCCAGCCAGAGCUUAGGUGAAGAGGGCGAGGCGGGUGCUCAUCGACCCAUGGUCAUGGUCAACCUCGUUCCCAGGCUCUUUGCUCUUGGGAAGCAAAGACCCUGGUCGGGGCUGGUCACGUGACCCAUAGAAAAUUGAUAACCUAAGAGGGGAUGGAAAAGUAUCAAAUUACAUGUUUCCACUUCCGCACCUCACACUUCGAUUGCAAGGAGUGACCGUUCUAUACAAUCAUCUUUGAGAAUCAUAUAUACUUCAAAAUACUUGCUAAAUUGGUUUCUGUUUGUUUUUAAAUUAUACAAACAUGCUAAACUGUAGAUUCUUAUAGCAACAAACAAGUCAGAAAAUCAAGCAACGGAAACGUAUGAUCGUAUAUGCUUGGAAAUAUUUGCCCUUUUAUUGUCUCGGGGUUCGGGCGCAGUUUCAUUUCACGCGUACGUUUCUGUAUCUGGCUCUGGUUCAGAUACGUAUAAUAUUCUUAUAAUGUGCCAUUGAAUUGUUGUCAUAUGGAAACGGUAUAAAUUUUGUUAAAUAGAGGUCUCAAAAGCGACUGUGUAGGUCGUAGGCGCUGCGCCUUGCUGGUCCAACUAUACAGCAAACGUUACAUAUUUGGACACUAGCCAAAUAGACAUUGAAUGUCCAUUCUAUUGAUUCUAAAACUGUUUAUAGACAUAGUGCUCUAGACUUUUUUACAAAGGUUAUCAUCGUUUAUAUUCGACACCAGGUAGGAAGGAAUGUUAGCGUACAAAAUUGUUUGGGAUCGACAGUAAAGAAUUAUACGACAAUUGACAACUGUGUGCAUUUCCUUUUUUGUCUGCACGAGUACCUGUUUGUUGAAGCCAAAAUCAGAUUGCACAGAAUCUCCGAUAUGAAUUAUAUAGCCAUUCACCCUCGCCCCUUGAAUGCAAAGGAAUGAUAGCCGAAAAGGUUUAGCAAAGUAUUUUUUAUUAUAUCUGGUAUAUAGUGUCCCUACGUUUUAUCAGGGAUAUAUAUACAUAAGUCAUAAACUGUAUUUAUGCGCUCAGCUAUAUAAGACCAGCUCGUAGAAUUACUUAAUUAAUGAGUUUUAAUAAGCCUUUUAAGACUUUUAAAGUUUCCAUUGAUAGAUAGGUUGUUUGCCUCUAGUAUGGUUUGGUGAAACUGCUAAAAUGUCAUUUGUACAGUAUACGAUAAAGAUUAUUUAAAGUUGAUUUAAAUAUUGAUGACUCACAGCAGCAUUAUACAAGUCGAAAGAAGCUGUCGGGUUAUUCUUCAAAUAUAAAGCCCUGAAUGGGCAAUGGCAAUGAAAGGUCUUUAUAAAGUCUAUAAUGUACCUGCUGUAAAUUACUGUAAUACACAAAAUAUGAAAUAAUUUACUAUGAAGUACAAUACCAGUGUCUGGUGCAUAUAUCGUCCUAAAUAUUCAAGUUAUAUGUACCGCACGCACGGAAACACACAGAGGAGUCUUGCCUUGGCGUUCGUCUGAUGACAGAUAGCUAUACUUCGAGUCUUCGACAUAAUCAUUCUUGUCGUUGAGUUUCAGCAAUGUAAAUUAAAGGAAUUUUACAGUCCAUAACGGUUUUUUUUAAUUAAUCCUGUGCUUUCACAGUCAAGAUAGCACUAUUGUUUACACACAGUUAGCGAUGUUUGGGAAAUCUUCCAUUAUAGAAUAAAUCCUUUGGCUUUGUUGAAUAUCGGACAGGAUACACUUCAACCAUAAACAACCAUAUCGUUCAUUUAGUAUCGUUUGAUCGAUCAGUCGGUAUAGAAUUGGGAAGACAUAUGUUUAUACGGCGAUGCGUGCUCAACUUCGCAAGCCAGGUGCGUGUGGAGUCCUUGGAAGUGAAAUAUGAUCCAGCUUCUCGCUUGAAAUGUACCGCAACACUUAUAAUUGAUGACAUUCGAUAUAGCAGGAAGUUGUGUCUUGAUGAAUACGAAUUUAAAACUGUUCCUUUCACGAUUUCUUGUUGCAAAUUACAUUUUUAUCACCCGAAACUAUAACACAUAAAAUUGCAAUUUUCCAAACGCAACAAACAGACUCCUCUACCACCCCUCCCUGAGAUCAAUUCAAUUUACCACGCAGAAUCUGCGGGGUCACGUGACCAGCCCCGACCAGGGUCUUUGCUUCCCAAGAGCAAAGAGCCUGGGAACGAGGUUGGGUCAUGGUUUAGGGUGCGACCGUUGACCAAGUUUAUAAUAAUUUGGAACUAUACAGAGCAGUGUUCAGUAGAUUUGGCCCUGGAAGGCUUUGGGGCAUGAUUGUGGUAAUGGUGACAGGAUACUUCCUUUCCUAAAUGAAAAAUGAACUUGAUGAUGAUCGCCCCCCCCCGCUCCCCCCUUGAACCCCUUUUAGCGAGGUGCAAUGGGAUGUGCCUCCUGCAUCUCCUUCCCCUGCGCCGCAUUAAAUCCAUCCCUGCAGUAGUUGAAAAGUAAAUAUAGAACUGGCGAUUAUGAAAUUGACCACCAUCUAAUACAUUUCUCUCUGUCUCCUCAACAGGUCCUACUGCACCAUGGGAAGGUCGCAUACAAAUUCCCAUGAGGCACGAGGGCCUGUGGUGGAGGAAGCCCUUGUACCGCUUAUACUGAAACCAAUACUAUAUCUUUGUUGUUGUUUGUAGGAGAAAAAUCCGUUGUACCAAUCAGCCAUAUCUACUGUUCAGAAUCCUACAUUUGUUGGAGCAAAAAGCUAGAGCAUUGCAUGUGCAUAAAAUUUCUAAUGAACAUAAUUUUCACUUGAUAUUUACGAAUGAUGAACAGAACGUGAAAGGAUAAGUAGCAGUAAAUGGAAAUAGGCAAAUAACAACAUUGUCCCCAGGGUUGACCUAUUCGCGGUGAUGUGCGAGAAAAGAAUUCAUUUGAGGCAAUAUGGUACAUGACAGUUGCUAGCCUAAAAUAGAUUGAAAUGUCACCUUACAACCGAACUUCGUUUCGUAUUGAUUGAAAUUCACAAGUCGGCUUGUAAACUAAUUAAGUAUUUGAUUCAAGCCUGGUUCACACUAGCAAUUCAGUCGGCGAUUUUUCUCCUCCUGGCAAAUGUGAUCGAAUGAAUGACAUGCAAAAGACUUGCAAUUGUUUUCUUCUGAAAAGGGACUCUAUACUUUUGUGUGCGAGUUUAUCAUUUGCAUCCGUCAGGAACACAAAAUUGCCGACAAAAUUGCUAGUGUGAUCCAGGCUUAAGAUUUCUAAACAUUUGAUUGGCAAAAGAUUAUCAUAUAUGAAAUUUUGAAUUUCGCAACGAAGUUCGGAAAACGGUUAGACUGUAUUAUAUAGUUGUGAAUUUUUAAUAGUUAUCUGCAAUAGUGUUUUUUCUUUUAAAUAUUAACAUUUUAAAAUCAUUAUGUUGCUUUCUGGAAACUCGGCAAACUUCAACGCGGCGAUCCUUUGCGGGCAGAAAUGUUCUAUUUUUUACAAUAGCAGAAAAAUGACCUCAUUGAGCCAUACGUCGGUUAAAUUCAGUUUUCCUGGACUUUUUUUAGACAAAUUCUCUGUCACAAAAUAUAAUUUUGUAAUCAGCAACAAGCUAAAGAGCUCUUACGCCAAUAUCUCAAACACAGAAACGAGGCUCUAUAACCACUGCCAACGGACCAUUAGAGAAGUGAUGGGGGGGGGGGGGACCAAAAAUAAAUUAUUUCAAGAAAAAAAUUAGGAAAAAAACCCUUCCCAGGCAUAGUGCAAAAAAAAAUUCAUAGGCCUGUAAAUUGCACUUAAAAAAAUUUCCAGCCAUGAAGUGAGAAAAAAAAAUUACUUCUAUAGGUGUACAAAAAAUAUAUAUUGCCUCUUAGAAAAUCUGCCCUCCCCCAUCACUUUUCUAAUGGUCCGUCCCUAGUCCGGAAGGGUGUAUUGUUUUGCGUUUUAUUUGCCGUAUCAUCACUAGGGAUAUGACAUCAGUGGAUAUGACCCAGCGACAAUCCUAAGUAUAGGUAUGUAUGGGGUUUACAUGGGGAUCAUGGGGAUGUUACACCGGACGUGGAGAUUUUAGGGCGUUAAUAUUUUGAUGUGAUUUUGACCACAUAUGGCAUGCGGAAUAAAUUAUAGUUCGUCCCGAAGGAAACACUCGAAACUCAAAGAAUUACUGGCUUUUAUAGUUGUGAUAACAACGAAUCUUUAAGCAAGGAAUUUAGAUUGUGACGAACUUUGGCUACUAUUAUUUAUACGAAAAGAUAUGUAAGUAUUGUUGUUUUUCGUUUGGGAGUUUUUAUUACCAGAUAAGGUGUAACGUCCAUAAUGAAAUGUCAAUUGAUGUUAGAAAUAUAAUGUAAUGAGUUUAUAGUAUGAUAUCGAUGGCGUUUUAGGUGAACUGAAUAUAUUUUGGGGGAUUGAUAGUGAUUUAGUUGUAAUAGUUUAGAAUAAUUAAGCCAUUUGACAGCCCAUAGAAGACUACGAAUACCUUGUUUGUUUUUACGUUAGGAAUUGUGCACCAGACGUCAGACACUCCUACUGAAAUUCAUUUAUAUUAUAGCUUGAUACAAAUUCAAGGCAUUCUUUUAUAUAAAUACACUAAUACAGCUAUUAAAACCUACCAUAUAGGAAACCUAUCGUAUAGUAAUAUAAGACAUAUAAAUAGCCUAGUAUGUAUAUUAACAUAUAUUUACCAUUCUUCCAUUUAUUAUGUUUCCAUAUGAAGUAUUAUCCCACUUGAAGCUAUGUAUACAUAUCUUGUUGUGGUAUUUUAUAUUUGUUCCUUUAUUUAUCGAGAAACGUGAUGUAUCUUGUGGUAUUUUAUAUUUGUUCCUUCAUUAAAAAAAACAUGACUUAAUUUGGUCACUAAAUUAGUAUAAAAAUUGUCUGACUUAAUUAUUAUAAAGUCUGAAUAAAAUAACAAAAUACGACAAAUUAAUUAGGGAUUUACAGCAAGGUGGCUUUACAAGAAGCAUGGAGAGAUUUGUUUAAAUUAACCAUUAGUGCCCAAUAGUCGCCUCUUGACAAGAAAAGACAGUAAAAUCAUCUGGAAUUUGGCAAAGUUAGGUCAUGGUAACGUACGUUGUGACUUUAUUGGUGAUUUAUAUUCUUAAUACCCAUUAAUUUCUUAGUGACCAUGCAACUACAACAUACUAGCUAAAUGGCCCUAUAUUUGUAGUAAUGACUUUGAAGAACCAACACUUUUUUGUGCUAUAAAAUGACAAGUUUGCCCUGGUAACAAAUAAAACAUUGUUUUACUGUAGUUACAAAAUUACUUGCAUGCUGAUAUUAGUCACUAUUACGUUUACAUGUUAAUAACUUAAUAUGAUGUUUUAAUAUGAUAUUAAUAAGAUUAAAUGAAC